AUGAACUCUAUAUAUAAUCACGGAUUGAAACAGAUACAGAACAUCAAUAGGGACUUGACCGAGUUUGAAAAGAACCUAUCUACAUCGCCAUUAUCGCUCCAGGGCGCGAUAACGACAUCUAUCACUGCAUUCAAAAAAACCAUAAAGGAGUAUUCUGAUCUUCUUGAUAAAAGUACCACAGACUCCUCAUUUGCUAAGCAUGAGAGCCGAGUUCUCAAAUUCAAUGAGGAUUUGGAUAAUUUCACCAGAAAGUUUGAAAGUUUGAAAAAACAGCGAGACUUGGCGGUUCAAGAAACGAAUAAGCAGGAGUUGUUAGGCAGGAGACACAUAUUGACAAACAGUGAGCCUAGUGACAAUCCAUUUGAUCCUACUCGCCAGCAGCAGCAACAACAACAACAAAGUUACAUGUCGCAGCGAGAAGGAUUCUAUCAAGAGAACCAAACGCUCAAGAAAAGUUCUCAGCAACUCGAUCGUAUAUUGGAGAUGGGACAACAAGCUUUUGAGGAUAUUGUAGAACAGAAUGAAACCUUGCAGAAAAUCCAAGCAAAAUUCGAGGAGGGAUUGAUUACACUUGGGCUCCGCUCAUUUCAAAGAUACAUGCAUUUGGACUACCUCAUACUAUAUCUUGCAAUUGCAUGUUUUUCACAGGCGUUGCCGGUGAAAAGAGGAUUCUUUGACGAUUUUUUCGGCUUGGAUAAGACUACAACUGCAAUAGUACCGGCUCCUACAGUAGCAGUUGCGGUGGCGCCAGUUCCUGAAACAACAGUAGCAGCAGUAGCAGCAGCAGAUGCAGUACAGACAGCAGUACCUGCUGUAACUACUGUCCCAGCUGCAGUACCAACUACUACUGUCCCAGCAACUACCUCAUCUAUUGGUGUUUUUGCAAGCUGGUUGAAUCGGAUCAUGGGUGUAACCCCAACAACUACCGCACAAGCGGCAGCAGCAACAGCAGCAGCAACAGCAGCACCUAUUGUUACAGCCACUCCGGCAAUAGUCCCAACACCAGCAACGACCUCAUCAGUCGGUUUUCUCCAAAGUUUAUUUAAUCAAAUUUUCGGUGGUAGUUCAGCUACUACUGCACAAGAAGCACCAAUAGCAGCACCUACUAUUGCACCCACUCCGACAAUAUCCUCAGCCGUAAAUCCACAAGUGGCUGGGGCCAAACCUGGCACCACUAUUUCCAUAACAGUCACAGUAACUACUUUACAUAUACCAUCAGCAGCAGUAAUAGGCACCCAAGUUUCAAGUGCGCCAGCAGUAGCAAUAGACUCUCAAGCUUCAAGUGCACUAGGAGCUAUUUACACACAAACUUUCCAAGGCGGCUCACCAGGGAAAUACACAGGCUCUAUCAAUACAGAAACAGCUACAGCUUCAAACGGAGGAAGUUCGGCUGCUGCCACGGCAGUUAUAGGGUCCAAGGGAAUCACAUAUUCUCCAUACACUAAGGCGGACAAAUGUAAGACUUCUUCCGAGGUUGCAGCCGAUAUGGCCCAAUUAACAAGCUAUGAUCUUAUCAGACUAUAUAGCACCGAUUGUUCAGGGAUUGAAAACGUAUUGGCGUCUCUUUCCCUGCAUCAGCAGCUUUAUCUAGGGUUGUGGAAUAUCGAUACUCAAUCUGUUAAAAAUGGAUUGCAAGAAAUCAAAAAUGCUAUUGCCGGGAGCUCUAGAGGAUGGAGUGUUGUGCAUACUAUUGCAGUUGGUAAUGAAAGAGUCAAUGCUGGUGAAGCAACCGUGGCUCAAAUGCAAAAUGCGGUUGAUACUGCACGACAAUGGUUGAAAAGCAAUGCACCCGAUUACAAUGGGUAUAUUGUCACUGUCGAUACAUUAGUAGCCUAUGUCUCCAACCCUCAGUUGUGUCAGAUGUCUGAUUAUUUAGCGGUGAAUUCUCAUCCGUAUUGGGAUGGUGGCGUAGAGCCAAGCAAUUCAGGUCCCUGGCUACAACAGCAGAUUUCGCAUCUACAAAGUGUUUGUGGCACUUCAAAAGAUGUUCUUAUUACAGAAACUGGCUGGCCUACCCAGGGUGAUACCUUUGGCACAUGUGUACCGUCAGUUCCAAAUCAAGUUGCUGCUGUCAAAUCCAUUGUAAGCACAUUGGGCUCAAAAGUGAUUAUGUUUACAAUGUAUAAUGACUAUUGGAAAGAUCCAGGUCCCUACAAUGUGGAGCAGCAUUGGGGUAUCUACGCAGAGCGAGAUAGUGUCUACAAAGUGUCGCCAGUGUCGCCAGUGUCGUUAGUGGUGGUAGCCAAUAUGUUCCACUAUCCCGCUCUGCUCGAUAGUGUCGCUAGUGUCGCCAGUGUCGCCAGUGUCGCUAGUGGUGGUAGCCAGUAUGCUCCACUAUCUCGCUCUGCUCGAUAG